CAUCAUCUAGUUUUCAUCACACCAUCUCUCUCUCUCUCUCUCUCUCUCUCUCUCUCUCUCUCUCUCUCAUACAGUUUCAAGCCAAUCUCUCUCUCUCUCUCUAAUUCCAAACUACACACAAACACCAUGCCUGAAGCACCGAAGAAAUUUCUGAAUCCCACGGAGGACUAUAACCUCCAAGACAAGAACAACAAGAUCCUUCACUUCAUCGAAGAAGUCACAAAAACCCCCCACGAGGUUCAAAAACGAGUCCUCGCUGAAAUACUCACCCGCAAUGCUCACGUCGAGUACUUGCAGCGCCACGGCCUCAACGGUCACACUGACCGUGACACUUUCAAAAAAAUCAUGCCCGUUAUCAAGUACGAAGAUAUCCAGUCCGAUAUCAACCGUAUCGCCAAUGGUGACACCUCCCAUAUCCUCUGUUCCAAGCCCAUUUCUGAGUUUUUGACCAGUUCUGGCACAUCCGGAGGGGAAAGAAAACUGAUGCCAACAAUUGAAGAGGAGCUAGAGAGGAGGUCUUUACUUUACAGUCUGCUGAUGCCUGUGAUGAGCCAGUAUGUCCCCGGACUGGACAAGGGCAAAGGAAUGUACUUUUUGUUCAUAAAAUCCGAGGCCAAAACCCCCGGCGGACUUGUGGCCAGGCCGGUCCUAACCAGCUACUACAAAAGCUCACAUUUCAAACAAAGACCCUAUGACCCUUACACUAACUACACCAGCCCCAAUGAGACCAUCCUCUGCCCGGACUCCUACCAAAGCAUGUACUCCCAACUCCUCUGCGGCCUCUGCCAGAACAAGGAAGUCCUCCGAGUCGGCGCUGUUUUCGCCUCUGGCUUCAUCCGGGCCAUCAGGUUUCUUGAGAAGCACUGGACUAUUUUGUGCAAGGACAUAGCCUCCGGGACUCUUAACCCCCAGAUUACAGACCCGUCGGUCCGCGAGGCGGUGAUGAAGAUCCUUAAGCCUGAUCCGAAGCUUGCAAGUUUCAUUGAGGGUGAGUGCCGGAGGGACUCUUGGCAUGGGAUUAUUACCAGGCUUUGGCCAAACACAAAGUAUGUGGAUGUGAUUGUGACCGGGACUAUGUCCCAGUACAUUCCGACACUGGACUAUUACAGCAACGGACUGCCUCUGGUUUGCACUAUGUAUGCCUCUUCGGAGUGCUACUUUGGUGUUAAUCUAAACCCUCUGUGCAAACCCAGUGAAGUGUCCUACACUCUUAUUCCCACCAUGGGAUACUUUGAGUUCCUCCCGGUCCAGAGGAACAAUGGGAUUAAUACUAAUCCCGUCUCUGUCCGCAAAUCACUAAAUGAGAAGGAGCAUCAAGAACUAGUUGAUCUUGCAGAUGUGAAGCUUGGACAAGAAUAUGAGCUUGUUGUCACAACAUAUGCUGGACUGUACCGCUACAGAGUGGGGGAUGUGCUAAGAGUGACCUCAUUCAAGAACAAGGCACCGCAGUUCAACUUCAUCUGCAGGAAAAAUGUUGUCCUGAGCAUUGACUCGGACAAGACUGAUGAGGUGGAGCUCCAAAACGCAGUGAAAAAUGCCGUGAACCAUUUAGUCCCGUUCGAGGCCACCGUGACGGAAUAUACUAGCUAUGCGGACACAACAACAAUCCCGGGACACUAUGUGCUCUUUUGGGAACUUAGCUUCAAUGGGACAACUCCAGUCCCACCCUCGGUCUUUGAGGACUGUUGCCUCACCGUCGAAGAAUCCCUGAACAGCGUCUACCGGCAAGGCCGGGCCUCCGACAAGUCAAUCGGACCACUCGAGAUCAAGAUUGUCGAGACGGGGACGUUUGACAAGCUCAUGGACUAUGCCAUUAGCUUGGGAGCUUCCAUUAACCAAUACAAGACCCCUAGGUGUGUGAAAUUUGCACCCAUUGUGGAGCUCUUGACCACAAGGGUGGUCUCAAACUACCAUAGCCCCAAGUGCCCCAAGUGGGUCCCAGGCCACAAGCAAUGGUGCAACAUUGAUUAGGAAGGGAUAAAAAAAAAAAAUGGAAGGGGAAUGGAGUAGCUUUUGGCCCACUGAUUUUAGAAGAAGCCGCUUUCAUGGAGGUCCACAAGAAGUGCUUUUAGGGAAAGAGUAGUAACUACUACCAUUUUAAUUAAUUAGGUUAACCUUAUGUUUUUUAUUUUCAUCUCUCUCAUUUUUUUGUGGAAGUUUUUAGAGUACUACCUUUUUUUUUUUGGAAGUUUAUAGCUCCUUUUUCUACCAUGUACAAAAAAAUGUUCCAGUUUCAAGGAAACUUUUUUUCUUUAUUGUUUAA